GCACACAUGUGGAAACAGCAGCUUGUGAAAAGUUAAGACCAGUAUCUGAAACUUUCAGAAUUCAUUAUCUCAAGCAUUUCUGAGGAAUCAAGUUGGCAAAAAUUGGAAACUUUUCAAUCAUGAUGACAAUGUUUGUUUUGAUGGCGCUGGUUACAGUUCAUCAGCAAUUGACAAUGGCAAUGCCAAUGAAUGGGACAAGUGUUGAAACAGGAGCGACUGCUCCAGGACCAGGCGCAUCUGCAUCAGAGCUGCAAGCAUAUAAAAACGAUCUCCUAGCCGAACUGGGUAUAACCUCGCCUCCUCGAACCGGCGCAAAUCCUCCAGCUCCAGGUGCAACUGCAGCUGAAAUCCAGGCAUAUAAAACCCAGAUCCAAGAGGAACUGGGAAUUGAAACGCCUCCCCGAACCGGGGCGGUUGCUCCAGGCCCAGGCGCAACUGCACCUGAAAUCCAGGCAUAUAAAACCCAGAUCCAAGCAGAACUGGGAAUUGAAACGCCUCCCCGAACCGGGGCGGUUGCUCCAGGCCCAGGCGCAUCUACAGCAGAACUGCAACAAUAUAGAACCGAACUUCAAAACGAGCUGGGUAUAACCUCACCUCCCCGAACCGGGGCGGUUGCUCCAGGCCCAGGCGCAUCUACAGCAGAACUGCAACAAUAUAGAACCGAACUUCAAAACGAGCUGGGUAUAACCUCGCCUCCUCGAACCGGCGCGAACCCGCCAGCUCCUGGCGCAACUGCAGCUGAAAUCCAGGCAUAUAAAAGCCAGAUCCAAGAGGAGCUGGGAAUCGUAUCGCCACAAGGUUAAAAGCUGUACCAGAUCUGGAGGAAACAUAAUACGAAUAAGGAAUCAACCAAUGGUAAAACUGAACUUGGAGCAGCAAAAUAUCCAAUGACUCAACUAAUAUGUAUAGUAUCUGGUGAAUACAUAUAAAAAAUACAAUAUUACGACAAUA